AUGGAAAACUCGCACUCACUCUCCCUUCGACAAAGGGUUGCCGAAGAGGAACUUCUCAAUUGGAAGGGUGAGGAAUUCGUCCCGUUCGCCAGUCUUCGCGACCUUCUCCAACCGCAAGUUGUAAAGCAUGUCUUUCAAGAAUGUGAGAUUGAGAAGUAUCUCGAAGACGAAGCUAUCGGCGCCGUCUUGAAGGGCGGGCAUCGAGUCUUUGCAAUUCUCAAUCGUAUCGGCCAAGAGAUAUCCAUCCUGCUCUUCAAAAAGAAUGCGGACGCUUUCUUAAGUAAAUCCCUCGACUCUGGACUGCCAUAUGAUCAGCACUUUCUUGAAUCUGUCCUGCCCGAUUUCUUUCAGGAAUUUUAUCGAUAUCAAUGGAAGUUUGCUUCUCCUGUUUUCCAAAAAAAUCUGCAUGAUCGAGAUCUCUCAAAAAACACCAUACUCCCCUUCAUCAAAGUUGAAGGUAUAUCCUCCCAAGGCGCCUUCGCAGAAGUCAUUCUGGUCCAGAAGAAACUCAAUCUUUCAAACAAUGUCGAAUGGAACUUCAAGCAUGAAAAACACGUAUUGUCCAUGCUCCGCACCUUGAAACAUCCAAAUAUUGUAGAGUUCCAUGCGGCCUUCACCUUUCAGGGCAGGCCGACACUACUUUUCGGCGAGGCUGAGUGUGACCUGAAGGAAUGGCUUCGGGGAGACAGAUCCGUUCGUCUUUCUGAGGUAGGAACAUUAGAAGCACUUUACGGGCUGUCUUCCGCUUUGUGUCGGAUGCACCAAUUUUCUCUAGAGGGACAACAAUUCUCGAUGAUCGGUUGUCACUUCGACCUACAUCCGGGUAAUGUCAUUGUACGAGGGCGAUCCUUUAUACUCUCCGAUUUUGGUCUUUCACGAUUGAAGUACGAAACACAAGGCUCCCGCUCGUAUUUCAAGGGAGGCAUAAGGGACUACUGCGCUCCGGAGUGUCAACGAUGGGAAGAUGACUUCGACAGAAAUAAAAUUGGGCGACCAAGCGAUAUUUGGUCCUUCGGGUGCAUCAUUGCUGAGAUUGCCACCUUCUUGAAAGAUGGGGCCACAGGAUUGCGUAGAUUUGACGAAGCUCGUCGGAUCCGUGGAUCGGUCCCAAUGCUUAAGACCUUCCAUGAUCGGGGCCGCCCGCACCAAGGCGUUACCGCCUCGAUUGAGGAGCUCAAGAGUGAUGUAUUCAAAUAUACUAUUGUGACAGGUCUAGCGAAUCUUGUGAGCAGCAUACUGGCCAUUGAUCCAAUGACACGACCAGAUGCGCACAGGGUCUCUGCACAACUUUAUUCACUUUGUCUCAAUAUCAUUUACUGCGAAACUAGAAAACUGCUUGAAUGCUUGAUUCCUACUGCGCACUACGGGUGGAAGAUCGAGUAUGACAGAUUGACGCUCUGGGGUAGAGAGCUCGGCCUCGGCAGCCCUUUGCCAGACGAAACGGGUGCUGAGUGGCUUUUGGAACCGUCCUCUACGAUUCAAUUUGAUAACAUUCGCUGCCUCUUGUUGCAAAUUAAAGACGAUUGCGAAGUUCGAUCACAGUAUUUCUCCAAUGAUCGUUCCGAAGAACGCAACACCGUGCCAAUUCACGUCAUACGCGUGUCAAUUGAUAAUCUCUGGCAGACCCAGAAACCUGAAACGAUCCGGAAGAUGAAUACAGCAUUAGAAAGCAUUAUCCUCUCUGUGGAUGAUACCCAUGUAUCGCAAAUGGCGAAUUUCUUACCAAACGGCUCUCGGCCGCAGCUACUUCUUGCGAUCAAACAGGCGAUGAGAGCGACAAAUGACAAUAUGAAUAUCAAGGAAAGUUUCCUGGUUGAUGAAGAUGUGAUAAGCAGGCACCAGGACUGGCAACAAAGACUCCUUGGCAAGACCCGCAUGAAUGACGAGAAGACCGAGUAUUUCCUCACGGAAUUUUUACAAUAUGACGAUUCUUGGAUCGGUCAUUCGAAGGAGCUCAUCAACCGCAUCAACGCCUUAGUUUGUCUCCUGAGCAAACUGCAGAUCGGGAACAGCCUCCCCUUGCUCCAAUGCAGAAGCUUUUGCCACUGCCCGAAACGCCAGGCCUACGGUAUAAUGUACGAGAUGCCCAAACAGCUAAUCGUUGACGACCGCAUGCCUCAGCCCCUCAAUCUGGCAGAGAUGAUCUUGAAGACAACUUCCCGACCUAAGCGUCCUGCACUAGGCGAAGUCUUCAACUUAGCAUAUACCUUGGCUGCAUCCAUGCUAUCUUUUCACAAAGCUGGUUGGCUUCACAAAGGCAUUUGCGCAUACAACUUAAUAUUCUUUCCUCGUAAUGCAGAUUCUCCAGGAGACUCACUAUCGACUUUUCGAUUGAUCGGAUUCAACUACAGUCGCGAGAGCGAUAUAGGGAUCACCACAAAGGGUCCUCCUGAGGACAGGCAUGUUCGGAAUUACCAACAUCCAGAAUACCGCAAAAACAUUGGAAAGAUUCGCUUCAGGGAGAGUUUCGACUACUACAGUCUUGGUCUCGUGCUCCUAGAGUUGGGAAGGUGGAAGUCCCUUCGCAGUAUGACCAAAGUCAAAGAAAUACAGCUGCUCGCUCCACAAGACCUCAAGACUCAUCUACUAGAGGAGGAAGUGACCCAGCUGAAGUCAUUUAUGGGAGUCUAUUAUCACGAUGCCGUUGCAGCAUGUUUUGGUGAAUUUCACGCAAAGGAAGUCGGCUCAUCCAAUAAGCAGGUGUGGUAUGAUUUUGACCAAAAGGUGGUGCAACGGUUAGUGAAUUGUCUGGCAAUACAUGUGGGCAAUGGAUAG